AUGUCUGCCGAGAUUGAACACCCCCUCACCAGACUCGACUCUGCCGUCUCUGACACCACCUACGAGCCUGGCCACGAGAAGCAGAUCAAGCACCGCAGAACCAGUAGCACUGUCUCUGGAGUGUUCAGAAUCGAAGAUCUAGAAGCGGAAAAGGUCGAGCUGCAACUAGCGCCGGAAACACAGAAACUUGGAUGGAAGCUAAACAAGAACCCAAACACAAUCGACGACAAGGAUGUGUUAAAAAAGUUCCUCACCACGCCACCAGUCAAGAAGAUCGACCUACACUUCCCACUCGGACUCAACGUGACCGCCCGUAACCUCAAGGGCGUGACGAUCAAGGAUGCCGUAGAUGCCAUCUACAAGCAGUUCAAGAAGAAGGAGGACGACGAUAUGGGCGAGAACCCUUACCUCGCUGGCUUCGAGUGGGAUAAAGAAGAGUCAUGGACGACCCUCAUCGUCCAUCAGAAGAAAACUCCCGGAACCAACGACGGUGCCCCCAGCGGAGGCAGCAAGAAGAAGGGCAAGAAGGGCCAGAAGGAAGAGGUUGACCCUCUCCUGAUCUAA